CCUUCCUUACUUUAGUGCAAUCGCAGCGGAAACCUAUCGAUUUCCUCUUGAGGGAUGAUAGGGUUUCAAUUCGAUUCCGAUUACUCUGGAGAGCGGCGCCCAUCUCUUUUUCUUUUCCACGUAAGUUGUUGACUCUCUGUUUCCCAAGACAUAGGGUACUACUGACAUUUUGACAAUUCCGUAUCGUCCACCCCUCGAAUGUUUCUUAUCUCUUAGUGCCCGUUCACGCCGUUCACGCCGUUCACACCAUUCACACCGUUCGUCUGCGGUUCGGCAGCAAACUGCCUGAAUGUAUCCAAGUCCACGUGUCUCAAGGCACUAUCCUCGGUUGCUUCCAACACCACUUUCGGGACACCAUUCCUACCGAUUCUCCCGUCUCUGUACGCUUGAAAUGCCUCCAGCCACCUCGCUGUACAUAGACACCACUUGCAGCCUCCUGUCAGACCUGCUGUCCGCAGGUCAUUUCCUUGCGAAGCACUAAAGUCCAGAAACUCUUCCGUCACCACACCAGCUACGGCGUGGUUGCCAAAGUCUGCGGCUCCUGUCCUACAGUACCCAUCGCGAUAGAAACCAGUCGGAGGACGGUUCGAGAAGAAGGCAAGAGGUUGCCUGAACACUGCGCUGGAUCAGUAGGGUUUGCGCUAUUAUGGCUAGCCGAGACUGCACAGUAAGACUGCGACUGAACCUGGUAUUAAGAGCUCACCAUUUAAAUGAGAGGUCAUACUUUCCUCCCUGACUACUGGCGGCGGAGGCGGAGGGUGCGAUUUCCCUGGAGCGCCAAACAGGGGAAUUUGGAGAACACGCGCUCUUAGACUGGGCCAGAGGCUGAAGCUGCGGACUAGGCGCGCGGUCGUAAGAGUCGGCCGCAUCAAUUCACUGACCGCUUUCCGACGAAUCGUCUUGCGCUGGUACUGGGCGAGGCUCGCAAUCCGCGAUCUUCGAAACGAGCGGCAAUAGAGACUGCUUGGAUGAGUGGGAUCUCAACAAGUGGUGACGUCAAACAGGCUCGAAGUGCAAGCAAGCCUUCGCCAAGGCUCUUCACCGCGUUGGAGGCGCUCUCGAGAUCUCCAAAUUGGGGUUCUCGAAAUUGGUCCCUCUGGUGCUCUCUCGAAUGUGGCUGGUGUGGCCCCGUUCUCAAUACAGCACCAUUUCCUAUCGUCGCUCACGCACCGGGGACCCGGGAACUGCUGUCGGUAGUUCGUUGCAGCCAUACGGAGUUAUAUAUGACGAGUGCACCGAGCUGGACCCAUGUACCGGAGUCGGAGCUUGUCCGGACCAGCCUCGAGGUUUCUCGUUUAGGGUGGAGAGUGCAACACCGUCAUUGGCCUUCUCGCAACGACAGUGGGCAAUCACCUUACCUCUUCCCCAUGUCCAUCAACCCGAGAAAUUUCCUGCUGAUGCGGAGAGCCCCUUCGUGACUGCAGACUUACGUGGAGAUGGGGACAUGGCCCAUAUCAUCAUGCUGGUGCUUGACGGCUCUCGACAAAUAUGUAGAUAUUCUCAUGGCUUUUUGUCUGGUUAUUUAUCCUGCCACGUGCUCACGCCUCUACCCAAGGGUGUUUAUACUUGCUAGCUUCACAACAACUAGGAAACUACUUUGAAAGAAGA